AUGGGGAAUUGCUGCGGUAAAAUAAAAACUGAAAAAACUGAGAUCCGGGGUCCUUUCCGAGAAUUGGUUAGAAAGUGGAAUUUGCGAGAAGAACAAAUUGCUCAAAUUCAUUUGUGGUCAAAGUUCACAAAAGGACAAUUUGAGAAAAACUGUGGUACUUUGAGUGUGUCAGUUUUAGGAGAAUCAAGACGUAUCCUGGAGAAUCUGUCCCCAAAGAAGCGGAGACGGAUUGACUGGACACUGUUCAACAGAUGGGAGCGGGAAGCAGAGGCUCGAUACGAGAGGCAAAGAAAAGGUGAGGAGGAAAAGGUUGCUCUUAUUGCCUUGCAGACCAAGAAGCAGAAGCAAGAGCUCGAUGAUAUGCAGGCAGUGAGUGGGUGCAGGCGGCCCCCGCCAUACAAUGCUGUGGGAGAAGAGGAAGUUGGACAAGUGCCAGUGGCUGGGAGCUCUGCAGAGCCAUGCUCCAGGAAAGGGGAAGUGAAGACAGAGGGUGAGAGCUCAGAUGAUGAUGAGGAUGAGAGGAAUGCAGGGGUUUAUCAGGAAGUUCGAAGACUCCUGAACGAGGCGAUGACACCUGAGUUGCGUGAGCCCCUAAGCCGCAUAUUCAAGGGGGUGAAAAGAAAAGCUGGAAAACCACCUCUCACACACCCAAUGAAAACUCGGUCGGUCUCUGUGAUUGGGAAAAAGACUGAGAAAACUUGUAAUUUGCCUAUGCUUCAGUUUCCAGGUGCUGAAGGGCCAGUGUGGGUGGAGAGACCUUGGGAUUUGGAAGAGCUUCGAAAUGUGACAGCCGCACUCCCAGAUCCAGAAAAAGGGGUAGAACGGUUCAUAAGUGCAGUUACAAAUGUUGAUGUAACUUAUAAACCCACAGGUCGAGACUGGUCAGCAAUAUUCAGUGCAAGACUGGGAUUGAAGUGGACAGAAGUGCGUGGAGCAGGCGAAGACGCUUUCAACCCCGCCCUGCAGCGUCUGGAUGAAGGAGGAACUGAAACUCAGGAGUGGAGAGUUCAAUGGACAGCAAUGCUUGAGAGACUGAGACUGGCUUACCCACUACGGCCAGACUGGGCAGCGAUUGCCAACACGAAGCAGUUGAAAGGUGAGACUGUCACUGCUUAUCUUGCGAGACUAAAGACUGUUGUUGAUGAAUGUGCAGGUCUUCCAGAAGGAACCGACAACACAGGAGUUCUGAAACACCAUUUUGUAAAUGGCCUGCUUCCAAACAUACAGAAAGCUGUCAAAUUGACCUGCAUUGGAUGGGAAGCUCAGAAUCUGGAAGUGGCGAUGCAACAUGCCAAGCAUGCUGAGCAGAAUGAUGAAAAGAGGAACACAGAGAAACAGCAGAAGUUGGAGAAUGCUCAGUACAUGUUUUACCAGUCCCAGUCCCAGUCCAACAACCAAAUGCCAAGAGAUGACAACUAUCAAGAGGCAAGAAGAGGAAGAGGCAGAGGCCGUGGCAGGUGGAAUGCACAGAAUGGCAGGAUUGGGGACAGAGACAGGUGUAGAAUCUGCGGCCAGAAAGGUCAUUGGGCCAGGGAGUGUCCAGAAAAUCCGAAAAACUUCCCCCAACAGCAGCAGUACCAAAAUAACUUCCGACAGCAGCCACAGCAGAGCUACCCGCAGCAGAGGCAGAACUACAGAGAGCAACAACACACUUCUUCUUUCCCUCCCCCUCCGCCAACGGCAAGCUCCACAGCAUAGGAUGAGGUGGGAGACACUCAAACCCGAACAACUCAGCUUAUUCAACUGACUAAAGACCCAAGCUCAAAUCCAAUGAUGACAAUACUUGUACAAGGACUUCCAAUCUCCAUGUUAUUGGACACUGGGGCCACGAGGUCAACACUUACGGUAGAGACUGCAUCUAAAUUUGAUAAAUUGCCACUUUCUAACCAAACUUGUACUACUUAUGGUAUAUCAGGGAUAGCACAGAUUGAUAAAGUGUCAAUGCCAUUAGCAGUAGUUAAUGGGGAGAAAAAGUGUACACAUUCAUUUCUGAUUUCUCAAACAUGUCCUUUAAAUUUGAUGGGCAGGGAUCUAAUUUCUAAAUUAGGAUUAACAAUCGAUGUUUCCUUGAGGGGAGUUGAAGUGACAACUAUGAGUGCUAAUUUUGCUCAGAUAUUACCAAACAGGUAUUAUAAUUGGGCUAUAACUCCUUCAUUUGAUCCGUAUUCAGAAUAUAGUUUUAUACCUGCUGAUUAUGAAAAACCAUCUCAUUUCCAUUGCACUUCAUGGUUUGUGGGUCAUGAAAGAAAUAGCGAGUAUGAAGAAAGUUGGUUCGAUGGAUCUCUGGAUGCAAGUCCAGCCUCACGUCUCAGUGGG